AGCGCCAACCAUAGCUCCGUCCCCAUCGUAAGAUAUACCUCCUACCUUCGUCUCCUUCCUCCUUCCGAUUUUCCUCCCUCUUCUUCCUCGGAAAGUGAGGAAAACGACGACGAUCUAACCCUCUCUCCUCUUUCUCCCUCUUGUCCCUCGUCCUCCUCUCCGACAUCGCCAUGAGUUUCAUCACGGAGCGGGUUCUUGACGCACAGCUGCGGCAGCCACGUGGCCACAUCUCAGAGAUCCGGCAAGUUUGUCACCCUCGGCUCAAUACGGAUCUCCGCCGUUUGAUGCGAUUCUUCUACGACGAAGGUAUCUGUGCCGCCGCCGCGUUCCGGAUAGAAGGAAGCCCUCACGCGAUAGUAUUCGCGGAGGUUACUGCAGUUCAUCAGCGAGCGGGUCCCAGAACGAGCCACGUCACCACAGUGGUGGGAUUCACCGGCGACCUCAGCUCGGUCAAUCCGCUGCGGCAUACCUCGAUCUUGGCCUCGCUGCGCGAGUGGACGGAGCAAGUGUCCAACGUGUGGCACGUCCUCGACUGGGAGGAGUAUAACAUCAUCCCGAUCUUUGCAUCGGAUCUUGACGUCCUUCUUAUCCAUCCUGGACAUUGGCGAUUGUGGCGCGAAACUUUUGAGGAGCUGUCCUUUUGCUUGGCCAGAGUACAAGUGAAGUGGACGGGCACUAUCGAGCACCCCACGUGGAUCGAGAAACUGGAGCUGCUGAUCAUACAAGGUUGGAGGACUAACGUGGAAGGAGAUCUUAUUGGAUUCCUCUUUGGAUCGGUACGACCGGGUCACCGUCAGUUGAUUGCACAGGAGCUCAUCGCACCGAUCGUACAAUUGGCGGAUGAUCUCUCACCCGGUAUCUACUUUCAGAGCGACAAUAGUCCUGCUCCGUACGUUUUCGAGCGAUCCUUGGAUCCGUACCUUCAGUGGACUUCGUGCGUGGAGGAACCUAGGGACGAGGAUACCCUACCAACGCGGCACGAGUAUUUGAAGCCGUACGAGAUCAUCCCUUACGCCUUCUAUCCAAGGGCAGAGGAAGUGGUGAUCAACGACGACAACGAAGAAGAAGACAACGACGAGGAAACAUCGGAGGAGGGAAGCUAUAGUGAACAUAGAGAGGGCAAGCUGAGUGAGGAGGAAAAGGAAGAAGAAGGAACCGUAUCCGAGUGGGAAGCCCCGACGGAGGAAGCGACGCGUACGGGAACGGAGGCGAAAGAUCCGGAAGCAGCGCGAAGGCGCGAAGAGAUUGCCUCCGGAAAGCGCCAGCUGGAGUUCGCUAGAGAGGCUAGCCUACGCAUCGGUAGCGGUCCGACCAGGGAUCCAGAGCCGCCGAGGCCCGAAGAUGGCGACCCUGCAGCCGCCACCUCAAGUACCGCGUGACGGAGACGGUGCCAAUCCCCCUCCUUCUCUAGCCCCACCCGUCCCCCAGUUCACCCACGUACCAAUGCGGGCGAUAGGCCUUCGA